UUUUCGAUAUGAAUAUAUUGUAUACAUAUAAGAUCAAAUUUUGGGGGUAUUUUUGAAACUUGGAUAAAAUAUGAAUAAAUACUUGGGUUUUUAUUAUCCAUGAAAGCCUACUUAUUUAAAUAAUUGGUAAUGAUUAAUUAAAAAAAUAUUAUCAGUCCGCGAAAGAAAGUAGUGUUAUGAAAAUGUAGCGUCAAAAGUGAAAUAUUUCUCAGAAUAUUUGUUUAAAAUAUAAAUAACAUAUUAGAAAAUACAUUUUAAAAAACAAACUGCAAAAUUUGUUCCAAGAAUUAAACAUAUUUAAACUUUAGACAAACCACUAUUUUUACACGAUUGACGUAAUUGGUGGUACCAAAAUAAACUACAUCUUAUUGCGCUGUUUUCCCGCGUUAGCGGUAAAUCGUUCAAAGGGAAAAUGAAAUGUAAAAAAAUAGGUCUCUAGAUGUAAUCCAAAUUUUCUCAGUAUAUACAUCAAUUAAUGUAUAUAAUUGUUACUCAUUGAUUAAAUCAUAUAAACAAAUAUUGUUUAAAUAAACACUUUGAUUUUAUAAAAAUUAUUAUGGAAAUUUUGAGAGUUGGAAGUAUGUAUCAAUACGCGCACGCUGUCUGUGUUUGUAAACAAAGUGUCGAGGGAGAAGAUCAGCAGUGUCGAAGUUAUCAAUUGAAGAAUCUACAGCGAGAGAAAGAAUUAAAGUGAGCAGUUCCAGUUGAAAAGAUGCUUAACAUAGCAAAGCUGAAAAAUUCCAAAAGCAAUAAGCCCUACACACUGCCUUUGAAAGCAAGAGUUGGUGGAGUGAGUGGAGCUAUGCAUUAUCAGGUUGAUGGAGGAGAAAAAAAGGAGUACAAAAUCAUUGGAGUUGCUGACAGCACUGGAGCCAUCAAGUGCAUCCUGUAUGACAGGACAAAAGAAAAAACUUUGCAGAAGGGAAACUCAGUAAUUCUUAUGAAUUACAUCUUCAAAAGAGAGCCAUCAGAGUCAAUAAUCAUAACAAAAAAUUCUAAAGUCAUGAAGACUUCCAACUUGGAAGUUGGACAAGAACUGCUGGACAGGGCGGAAUUAAUCGCCAAUCCGCCACCAGCAGUGACAAUUCCUAUCAAAAAGGCAAAGACCAGUCCAGUAAAAACCCAGGUCUCCAUUCAGGGUCGAGUUGUUUCAGAAGAUAUGAUUAAAACUGUGAAAGUCAAAGGAAAUGAUGUCCAAGUGAAAUCUGUAACUUUAAAAGAUGAAACGGAUUGUGUAAAGGUGUCGCUGUGGAGAAAUCUAUCCGAUUCAGCAGCAGUUGGAAAAUUUCUGAGUUUUACUGAUGUAGUCGUAACAAGUUUCAAUGAUGAAGUCUCUGUGUCAACAACAUCAAAGACAACCAUUCAGGAAAAAGAACCACCAAGCUCAAGUUUGGAAGGGACUGUUGUUGGGUAUGAGGUUGGUGACAACUGCUUCACAGUACUCUUUACAAUUGGAGAAGAUUUCCAAACUUUCACAAUUGCUUUGGACAUUCUUGUUGAAUUCCUGGAAUGUACCGAUGAAGAAGUGGAGAAUACGUUGCAACAAAAACUACCAUUCUCCUGCAGACUACAGGUUAAGGAUAGCUCUGUAGAGUCAAUAACAAAUUCAUAAAUUUAUGAUAAUGUUGUUUGACACUAUUAAUUGUUGGUAGUAAAUGAUUCAAGUUCAGUUCUUCAAAACAAGAUUAUUUUGAACUGAGGGAUUGAUAAAGUGUUCUCAGGAUGACCAUAUUGUGUUCAACUAGAAACUUAAAUAUUCUUUUAAAAAAAAUUGUUGGAUUUCAGUUUUGUAAAUUUGUAAUCUUGGUUGCAAUAUUCUUUUCAAUCAGCCAUUUUCCUAUUUUUCACAUUAACACCUUUUUAUGUUCUUUGCUGAAGUUAAAUAAUGAAUGUCAAUGGUACAUUUACAUUUUAUGAUAUUCUACUUGUGAACUAUUCAAUUUUUUCUAAACACUAAAAUCUACAAAACAUGAAUUGUGAUGACAUAUAACCAGUUUUAAUUGUAUUUAAUCAACCCUUUCUGAUAUGAUUUUAAGUUUAUUAAUGCAUUAACUGGUUAUUUAAUGCACUCACUUUUUACAUGUUUGCAUUAUUUUAAUUUUUACCUUUGUGUGCUGAACUCUAGUCUUGACAUUACAUGUAUUUGUUUCUGUGGAUAAAUGUUCUCCUUUUUUUUUUAUUGUUUUCUUUUUGAGUAGUUCAAUCUACUGUUGUUUCAACUGAUAGUUGAAUAUAUGAGCAGAAGUAAAUGUAAUGUUUGAAAGCAUGGAUACCUUUUUAUUAUUUUAAGGUUCAUUGCUGCAUUUACUGGUAAUUUAAUGCACUUGUUUACAUGCUUGCAUCAUUUUCAUUGUUUUACCAAUGUAUGUUUGGAUUCUUGACAUAAUUUGUUUUCCUGUAGAUAGAUGUACAAAUUUUUUAUGUUUCCUUUUAGAACAGUUACAUUUAACUUUUUUGUUUGAACUGAUGGCUGAAUACAUGUCCGAGCAGAAGCAAAUGUAAUAUUUCAAAGCAUAGAUACUAUUUCAUUAUUUUUUAUAUUAUAACUGGGUAACUAUACAGUUUUUGAUAUGCCAUUUUUAUAUCCUUUGCAGGUCUCAUUGUGCACAAAUAUCUUGUGCGAUACUUUCUAAAGUUAAUUAAUGCUUGUACAUGACAAUCACAAAUAUUUCAUUUUUGAAAUUUUUGUUUACCUUGUUUACUUUUGAAAAUAUAGCCAGUUUACACCCUUAUUGUAAUAAAGCCUGUCUGAUCCCAUUUUGGGUUCAUUAUUGGAUUUGGAUAUAUGCAUUUGUAUACUUGCAUGCAUCAUUAGAAUUUUUUUUUUAGUUGAGAUGAACAACUGAGAUAGAUGUAUUAUUUCUUGUUUUUCUUCUAGGAUAGUUAAAUUUCUCUUUACACAAACUGAUGGUAGAAUGCAGCACUCAUUGGACGCAGAGUGCACGUAAUUAGUAGUUUUGAUAGCACUGAUUCUUUUUCAAUAUUCGAUAUAAAUAUCUGUUGUUCUUUUGAAAUUGUUUAUGCAUAUAUGAUGAAAAAUUACUGUUAGUGAUUGUAUACAAUAGAUCUCUACUUCUUAUUCUGCUUUUGCUUUUACUUGCAAUUGUGUUAAACUAGAACUAUUAAACAUUUUAGGAUUUUUUUGUUAAAAUUGUUGGUAUUUUACUUAAAAAUAUCAUCUUAAAUUUGAAAGUUUUUAUUUGUUUCUAACUGAAAAUGUAUAGUCAUUUUUUAACAACUUUCAUAAAAAUUGAUAAUCAGGAACUAUAAUUUUAUGUCCACUGAUGUCAAUAUUGGUGCUACAUUUUUUUUAUUGUUAAUAAACCAGUUACUUUGA